ACGCUGAGAUUUACGUGGGGCACGGGGGUGACCAAUGCCCUCUGAAUUGGUCUGUAAUAAACUCGGGCCACGGCUGAUAAGGGGUUUGACGGGGUAUGCUAACCGAUGCCCCCGGUUCACAAACACUAAAGGAGGCGUCCGUCAACGGCGGUGACACUCCGCUCAACAAUAGCAACGUAAAAUCGGCGCCCUCGCCGGCCAAAUGCGCCGUCAACCAGAGCCGUGAAAUAAUAAAUGAGGGCCGGGCCGGGUUUUAAUUCACGGUUCGGGGCCACACGGGAGGGUUCGAUCCGCGGUCCGGGGCCGCCCGCCGAACGGGGCGCUGCGCUUUAUUUCUCCCAUUCUGUCACUUGUCUCUCGGUCAAGUUCGCGGGCUGGGGGACGGACACUCGCCCGUCGCCUUUGCGUCUCCUUCCUCCUCCUCCUCUUCUUCUUCUUCUUGUUCUUCAUUAAAGAGAUGGAGUGCGAGGUGGCAACCCCAGUGCUGGAACCGAGUGGGGACUUUCCGGCGUGGCUAGAGGCGCAGGGCGUGAACGCGGAGGUGGCCCGGGCCAUGGACUCGGAGCUGGGCAUCCGGGACUACGGGGUCCUGUGUGCCUGCGUCGGGGAUCGCCUCGUGCGGGCUGAGCUACUGGCCACGGCACGCGACCGCCUGCCCUUUGGCUACUACGCUGUGUUACGCCAUGUGGUGAAGGGCCUGCAGAGUUCCGAGCCCCAUAAUGAGACGCGCUGGGACACCGACGCCUCUCCUGGCGAUGUGUCGCUGGGAGGCCUCGUGGACGUGCUGUUUGCGCUGUUCAGAGGCCUGAGCCGAGAGCUGCUGCUGUCUGUGCAGAGGCUGGGAGGUGGUGGUGGUGGUUGGGAUGGUGGUAGUUGUGGCAAUGAUUUCCAGAGCCAAGUCCUACUCAAACUGGACACCAUUAUAGAAAACCAGAUGGAGCAGUUAUGCCUUCUGCAAACACUUGCGAACAGAAGUGUUGUAAAUGAGGGCUUAGAUGACGUCCUCCCCAACCCAAUCAACAACACGGAUGAACUUGAAGAGCUUUGCUGUAGAAUUAGCACGGAUGAAAACCUCAAAAUUGAAAUGAUUUCCUAUCUGAGUUCACUGGGUGGAUGUAAUAUUCGGGACAGUGUCCGGCGAAUGAUGAAAAGGCUCGGCACCAAUGCACUGUGGUCAAACUAUAGCCUCAGAGGGAGAAAGGGAAAGACGCCCCUCAUAGAUCUUCCAGUUUUUAUGGUGUUGACUAGAGCUUGCUUAAAAAGCUACCCAAGAGCAAAGGUGAAGGAGAUAGAGGUAGAGAUUGCAGAAACCCUGAAGCAUUCCCCGAACAAACGAGGAGGUGCAAAUUACAAGGAACCUGAAGUCAUGACGAUGAAGAAUGACAACCAGCCCAGCCACCCCGUGUCUUCCUCUGACAUUGUGGAGACACAUGGCUCUUGUUCUUUAAAAUGGCAAUCAAUGCAACAUUAAAAUACCAUUUAUAUACGUUUUAUAGCUAGAACUAUAUACAUAUUUUUUUAUGGCAGUUAAAAUUAAUGACAGGAGCAUGCCAUCUUUAGUCACUUUUGUUUAAAGAUUGUAUAUCCAUUGUAACUUUGUGAGUUUAAAUACAUCUUUAACAUGUUGCGUGCAUUUUUCUUUAAUCAACUUCUCAUGAGGUUGUAGAAAUGUAAAAUUGAAACGUCAUUCUCCAAUGUUGUGGCAACGUAUUUCAAAACAUACAAAUUAGCCCUGCCGCAAUGUUGAUGCCCAAUGUUACCAUACCGUAACGUAGCAACGGAGCAAAAACGUACACCGCCGCUUAAUUACCCUGAUAAGAGCUGUAACCAUCGGAGGCCAGUAGUAGCUUUGGGUUUAUUCUUCAUGCGUUCAGGAUCCCUAAUCUGCUCAUGAUCAUCAAAGGGCCUUCUUCCAAGUUGGUGGGUAAGCCUGGGUCAAACUGACGGGGCUGAGAUGUGCGAGCGACUGACAAGCCGUCAACAAACAUCGGUAGAGUCAAGAACAGAGACCACAGUCGCAGCAGCUGAAACACUGCUGGCGUAAGGGGUCGCCGGGACCACCAACCCCCCACAGACCAACCCCGCGUCCCCCUGUCACUUUGUCAGCGUGUGUCUGGUUGUAAUCCACGGUCCGGGGGGCUUCCAAUUCACGGUCCGGGGACCGCACUUGACCGCUACAUUCACGGUCCGGGGCCACCGCCGCAGCCGAACGACCUGCAAUAAUUCCGUCAAUAUCUCUCGUCAAGUCUCCGCGCGGGGACAUUCGCUGUCCGCCUUCAUCGCAGAGAUGGCGUGUGCGGUGGCCACCCCAUUGCUGGAACCGAGUGGGGACUUUCCAGCGUGGCUGAAGGCGCAGGGCGUGAACGCGGAGGUGGCCCGGGCCAUAGACUCGGAGCUGGGCAUCCGGGACUAUGGGGUCCUGCGCGCCUGCGUCGGGGACGGCCUCGUGCGGGCUGAGCUGCUGGCCACGGCACGCGACCGCCUUCCCUUCGGCUUCUACGCCGUACUGCGGCAGGUGGUGAAGGCCCUGCAGGUCUCAGAGCAACAUGAGGAGACGCGCUGGGACACCGCCGCCUCUCCUGGCGAUGUGACGCUGGGAGGUCUGGUGGACGUGCUGUUUGCGCUGUUCAGCGGCCUGAGCCGGGAGCUGCUGCUGUCUGUGCAGAGGCUGGGAGGUGGUGGCGGUGGUGGUGGUUGGGAUGGUGGUGGUUGUGGGGAUGGUAGGUACUGUUUUAGUGGUGUUGGUGAUGGUGGUUAUGACGGUUGUAGUGAGGACUAGUGAUGGAAGUGCUGUCAGUCGAACAGUGGUGGGGAUGGUUUGUGAGUAAUGCUAAUGACAUUGCACAGAACAUUGGCCUACUAAAUCAGUGUUUCAUUAAAUAAAGAGACUUCAUUCUGUAACCUAUAUCAGUGAAAUGUUGUUUAUAAAAGGUUGCUAAAAAAGGCGUGACACUGGUACGCAUGUCCAGUACUCGUUUUUAACUUUUUUUCCACUUUGUGGUACACAUAUAAUGUGAUCAAUGAUGGUUACGUUCUUCCAAAGCUGCACUCCUCAGGGUAUAGACAAAUGAUUUUAUUGGGCAGUGAAGUUGCCAUUUGGUAGCAACUGUAUGGAUUGUGGCAAUGUUGAUAAAGGGGUGGAACAGCAGCAUUGAGACACGACUAUGCUUUUCAAUUCAAAUUAGCAAAUAAAGCACAAUCAAGAA